GGGGGGUAUCAGGGAAAGAUGUUAAUACUGCCUGCAGCUCUGCUGGAUGCGUAAUUGUGCUUACUUAGGGCGUGUUUCAGCACUAAACAAGUCCACCGUCUCCAGUGAUUUCAAUGGUCCGUACCUGAGCGAUGCGAAGAAUUCUUAAUCAACUAAGUGCAACCGAAGAACCGCGGUAAAGAGAUCUCUUAAGCAUCGUCAAGGUUCGCGAGGGAGUUCUGGAUGAUACUCAUCAAACUGCAAAAGUGAGUAAACCAAUAUAUUAUUGGGUUUUAUUAUGAAAGUCUAGGAUCUCCUGCGGCGCUGGACUAUUGGGGAGAAAAUACAGAUCCAGAGAGGCUGGUGUAUCCCCGCGGAUCAGCCAACAGGACGAGCGGCACGACAACAGCAUUCCCCGGGCGACACGGAAACACUGUCCCGUCCUGCAGCACACCAGAACCGGCACCAGCCACGGACUUCAGCAGUAAUUGAAUGUGUGGAGAGUCGAUUUCUCUGUCUUAACGACAACCAAGACCCUUCUGACUCUUCACGUGCUUUUAAAAGGCUCACUGGAAUUGGAAUAGUUUAGGACCCGGACCUCGAGACAAGGUUCUACCACGAUGGCCUGUGGAUACGUUUUCGCUCUCAGCGUGGGUAUAUUUGUCGUUUUUCAAGUAACCAGUGCACAGGAUGGAAUCCGCCUGACACUUCCGAACAAGGUCAACGCCAUCGUGGGCGCAGACGUGGUCCUUCCUGCCACUUACACCACAAACCAGAUGGCUACAGUAACUCUGGUCCAAUGGAGCAAAAUCGACCCCAGAGAUCCUUCUAAGAGGAACCGGGCAUUAUCUUAUAACCCGGCUAAAGGCAUCUGGAAAGCCAUCGGCAGUUAUUUAGGACGUGUUGAACUGGAAGAUCAAGCAUCCCUCAGGUUGGAGAGAACCAGCGCAAGAGAUGCUGGGAAGUUCGUCUUGGAAGUCAUGACGGAUGACUUGCAGACGGUAGAAGGGUCCGUAGAGCUGGUGAUUCUGGUUCCUCCAAAGGUAGUGGUGGGGCCCUCCAAGCUGUACGUCGUUACAAGGUCAAAGACAGUUACGCUAACGUGUUCCGUAAUGGACGGAUAUCCAAAUAUAACCUCUCUCAUAUGGAAAAGAGGGAAUGUCCCCAUCGACACAUUACGUCUCAACGGGCCGAAAUACUCGGGAGGAAACUUGGAGACGCCAUCUUUGACCAUACGCUACGUGGACCGGAUGGAUGCUGGGAUAUACGCAUGCGUGGUCCGACACCCGGCGUCAACAAAGGAGCUGAAGGCUAACCUGACGUUGCGGGUACUGUAUCCGGCGUCUGUUACCAGAAUGACAGAAUCGUUUACUGCUUACUACGGUGAGCACGUGACCCUACAGUGCAUCGCGGAAGGUAUCCCCAUCCCAAACAUCACCUGGGCCAAAGAUGGCGUCCAGCUGAAGUCUCGUUCAUCAACUCUCGCGAGAAAUCUUCGUCAAAGCACGCUGACCAUUGGUGACGUCCGGUCGAAUAACAGCGGGAAUUAUAAAUGCACGGCCGCUAACAGUAUAGGGGCGGCUGACAGCAAGUCUGCCUUUAUUACCACACAACCUCCCUACAAGGGAAUGAACAUGCGAACCAUCGCCAUCGUGGUGGGAGUGACGGUGGGACUACUGUGGCUAGGUCUCUGCUGCUUCCUGAUUGUUUGCUACAUGCGGAGGCGUCAGCAUCAGGCAGAGAAGACCAAAUUUGCAUUCUACUACAACAUGGGCAGGAGAGACCCUUCAGACACUGAUGGACCGCCAAAGGAGGUCCCAAAACUUCCAGAAAAGCCGCGGAACCCCACGCCAGUCAACACUGGUAUUCGCACCAUGCGGAAGUCAAAGAAAGGACAAGAGAGAAGAUACGCCCGUGUGCUGUACCCGUAUCUGGCGAUUGAAGAGAACGAGCUGCAGCUAGAGAUAGGAGACGUCAUCGAGGUGCUGGAGGGGGAAGAUGGCGGCUGGUGCCUGGGUUACCUGAGGGGCAGGAUAGGCCUGUUCCCCUCCAACUACGUCAUGUUUCUCUCAGGCAACGACGUGCGACCAAGUGUGGCUAGACAGGUUAUUGAAGUAGAAGAAUCCGGCAAGAGAAGCAUCUGAUUAAAAUGCACCUGAUGUCAUCUCUGAAAUGUCAAGCCACAAACUCCACAGUCUGGUUAUGUGUGAAAAUGACGCACGUCCUUUGGCGACACAUUUCCACCCAAGUCGUGUACAUACAGUGCCUACAUGAUCCAUUGUAAUGUACAGUGAAUUGUGAAAAGCUAAUAAAAGGAGAGACACGGAAAUCUGAUGUAACAGCUUCAUGUAACGUUAACCUACUAGUAACUGACUAUGCCUAGAACUACCGUAGUAGUGAUAGUCUUGAAACGCCUUAUCCCCUUGUAUUCACUUUCUGUUUUUCCGCUGUUACACCUGCCUUCAUGUGACAUACUUACAUCGAUGAUUACUUUAGAAAUAAUGCUGUGCAGGCUCUACUCUACUACCACAUUCAUACCACUCAAGAAUGCUACAUGUACAUUUAGAUAACCCAGAAACCAGGCUACACUAAGUCGUGUAAGUACAUGUAGCAUCAUAAACAAAUUACGUUGCAUAUGACAGAUGGGUAGUCUCUCAUAAAAUACUGUGCGGUGGAUUUGUAACAGUCGGAGUAAUAGUCAAAAUUGUUCAAGGGAGUGAGCGCUAGAGGAUAUGGUCAUAUUUGCUGGAUGUUGUAUAAAUCUUAUGAACGGAUGGUGAAAAAGAACAACUAUGGCUACCGGUACCUACUGCUUGGAAUAGCAGUCUAAAUUCUACAUGUAGUGGAAUAGUAGGGAUCAUUGAUUUAAAACAAGUGAUCCUGAGGUAGUGACGGUACCAAAUAUAAGGCACGUACAAUGUAAUACUUAGACUAUAGGACCAUACCGUAAAGCAUUAGCCUAUCGGUAAGUGAUAACUACCUUUAUGUGUAUGGCUAUGCUAGUAUGUAACAGAAUGUAUAUAAUAGUUUUAGC